AUGGAGGUUCUGCUUCUAGACACGACCGAGAAAGAGGGCGAAGACAACACGCUUUACCACUAUGUGCACUGCCAAGAUGGCGUCGGCUGCUUCUCACCUUCUACGACACCUGUAGAGGCGAAAACUAGGCAGUGGUUGGACCUGCGGGGUGUGUUGGCUGCUGCAGUAGGAGCUACGACUUCGCUGUGUGGCGAGUCGCUGCAAUUCGCGCGGUUCGGGAUGGGAGACUCGACUGGAAUCGUGGGCUUCGUUAACAUGUACGAAGUGCUGUAUGCACUAGUUUUCUCCUGCGCAGAUCUACCGGAUUCCGUUGUCCAGUAUUAUACACGCUCAAGUUACGACCUAGUUCUGAGUCUUUUUGGAUAUCCAGCCGCAAAACUUAAUCAAUGGCGACGCCGAGAUGGAGGCUCAAUAAGCACUACUGCACUCAAUGCAGAGUUAGACGCCGUCUUCAAAGGGAUCUUCUCUAUUAUUCGACAUGACUUGAGUUUCGGUUCAAACCUCCACUUUGCGUUCGACGGUCGGGUUCCAGCAGUAAACUAUCCACUGGAAACCAUGGCUAAACUAGCAGUUCUGGAUAUGCCCUUCGGUGAUACCACAACUCCUACUCAGCAGUUUGUCCAGCAUUUAGCCGCCUCUCAACGAAGCUCACGUUGCUUAUACGAGGCUGUUCCCGAGACUUCUCCUGAACUCUCAUCCGACAUUCCACCGCUCAGGCUCAACGUAGAGGCCAAUGACGGACUCUUCUUGCGCGAGAAAGUGACGAACGAUACAGGCGACAUUUCCACGGGAGAUGCACAUAUCUUCCCAGAGCUGAGGAAUCCAUACGAGAAGAAGGGACGUCAACGGCGACAGACAGCUGAGCAGAUCGUUGUGCGUGGUCAACCUUUCUGGAUAAUUGCGAGUUCGUACGAAACGAUGGAGUUUUUCAGCAUCCUGGACGCCGCCCUACCAGUAGAACUGCUGGACUGUGAACUCGACCGUCUUUGCGCCUUCGGAGGAGCUGAACCAACACAGCCAGAGCAAUAA